CAGUAAUAAAAAUAGGAAGUCUUGAGCAUCUGUAAUGUAGUGGAUAUUCAACUAUCUUAUUUUUUUUCCUUUUUGAAGAGAAGGAAAAACUAGAAUACUGGAAAUAGCACUGAAAUGAAUAUUGGGACAUCUUUUUCUUCUAAUUAUCUAAGUUAAAGUACUCCACUGUAUGGGAUAGUGCAUAAAUCUUGGAAGACUGCAGUAAAUUGGCAAUGUCUCGGGAACCCACCCCACCUCUCCCUGGAGAUAUGUCUACUGCUCCUAUAGCAGAAAGCUGGUGUUAUACACAGGUUAAAGUUGUAAAAUUUUCCUACAUGUGGACCAUUAAUAACUUCAGUUUUUGUCGAGAAGAAAUGGGUGAAGUGUUAAAAAGUUCAACAUUCUCAUCUAGCCCAAGUGACAAAAUGAAAUGGUGCCUGAGGGUAAAUCCAAAAGGAUUAGAUGAUGAAAGUAAAGACUACUUGUCCUUAUAUUUGCUUUUAGUCAGCUGCCCAAAAAGUGAAGUUCGAGCAAAAUUCAAAUUUUCCCUUCUGAACGCUAAAAGAGAAGAAACAAAAGCAAUGGAAAGCCAAAGAGCAUAUCGAUUUGUACAAGGGAAGGACUGGGGUUUUAAAAAAUUCAUUCGAAGGGAUUUUUUGCUUGAUGAAGCUAAUGGUCUUUUACCAGAUGACAAGCUUACAUUAUUUUGUGAGCAUCUCCAGCACUGCUUGCAGAAGAGGAGGAAGCAUUGCACUGCCCACGUAAAGAACUGCCUCCUCCCCCUCCCCUGCAAGUGGUGCUGUAGACAGGUGAGUGUGGUCCAAGAUUCAGUAAAUAUAUCAGGGCAUACUAAUACAAAUACUUUGAAGGUUCCUGAAUGUCGACUAGCAGAAGAUUUAGGUAAUCUCUGGGAAAACACAAGAUUUACAGAUUGCAGUUUUUUUGUGAGAGGACACGAAUUUAGAGCUCAUAAAUCUGUACUUGCAGCUCGAUCCCCAGUUUUUAAUGCAAUGUUUGAACAUGAAAUGGAAGAAAGCAAAAAGAAUCGAGUGGAAAUAAAUGAUGUAGACCCCGAGGUUUUUAAAGAAAUGAUGAGAUUCAUUUACACAGGGAAAGCACCAAACCUUGACAAAAUGGCUGACAACUUGUUGGCAGCUGCAGACAAAUAUGCACUGGAAAGACUGAAGGUCCUGUGUGAAGAAGCUUUGUGUAGUAACCUCUCAGUGGAAAAUGUUGCUGAUACCCUUGUCCUUGCAGAUUUGCACAGUGCAGAACAGUUGAAAGCACAAGCCAUAGACUUUAUUAAUAGGUGCAGUGUACUUCGACAGCUUGGGUGUAAAGAUGGGAAAAACUGGAACAGCAACCAAGCAACGGACAUAAUGGAAACAUCAGGGUGGAAGUCCAUGAUUCAGUCUCACCCGCAUUUAGUAGCAGAAGCCUUCCGAGCACUAGCAUCUGCACAGUGUCCACAGUUUGGCAUUCCACGCAAACGGCUAAAACAGUCCUGAAAUCUUCCAUGAACUGUAGAAAAAUGGAAUUGACUUUUAUUCCUCCAGGUCCAGAAGGAUUCUAAUAGACAAACCAUAAGCAAGAGUUGUUUCUGUUGUCUUGUCUACAGAGCAGAAGCUGAAAAAGCGUAUGGCUUGCAUUUCAGGCAUCUGAACAAUAAGUGAAUCCUAGACGGCCUACUCUCCUAAAAACAACAAACUGAUAUUAUUUGCAGACUGAAGUCUCUCCUUUUAUGAAAACCCUCAGAAACUUGUCAGGCCACAUUCUGAACCUUCCCCAACCCCUUGGUUUUUCCUUUCUGUUUCAGUUACUGUACUAACAUUGUGGAUGAUACUGAAAUUCUGCAUAAUGUGAACAGGAUAAACUUUAUAAACUGCUUUUCAUGGGCCAGUUCUUUAUUAUAAAUGAAUUUCAGCUUUAAACACAUACACAUGCUCAGUGUUGGAUAGCUCUGUUCACAGUGGAGGUCUGUUCUGCAUCUGGUUUUCUGAAAUAGGACAGCAUGCUUCUUAGGCAAGAUUGAUGUUGGACCACAAGGGGAAAAGUGUGUCACUGGAAAAAAAUGCACAUACCUAUAUAUUUGCAUACAUAACUAUUCUCCAGAUUAAAAUUUGUAUAAUUUGUUUAUUUAGUUUUUAAUUUAGUACAAAAGGAAAAUAAUUAAGCCUGAGGUCUUAAAAUAGGUUUUUUGUAUUUCUUUGUUAGAUACUCACUGAGCAAUUCUAAUACAUCAAGAGUGAUUCAUAUUUACAUUGAACAACACUGUCAAAUACACAUUUGUUAUCCAUAGCAAACGAGUUUGAAAGACCUUAUUUUUUCAGAUAUCUUCAUUUUGCUCUUUGUAAUUUCAUUGAGUCUUUGUUAUGUUAAGUUUUAAAUUGGAAGAAUACCUUGGGAUAAAAGAAAGAUUCUUAAAUAUUAGUGGACUCCAUCAGUGCUAUAGUGAGCAGAAAUUCAUUUGCUUAACUUCGCCAUAAGAUUGAAUUAAUUAAAUUUGUAAUGUACAAUUAAAAAAUACAUGCUCACAUACAUAUAUACUAAGAUUUUAAUUUAAAUUUUGCCUGGGUCUUAUAAGAAAACAAAAACUCCUUCCUCGGGCUAUAGAAUUUUGUUGUCAUAUGUAUAAAAAAAAAACACAAAAAAACGCUGGUGAACCCAUGUAUAUCAAAUGCACAGAGGCACAUUGUGAAUUAAUUCACUGCUUGAAUCUACAUUUCUAACUAUAGUGACUUCACCAAUAACACCAUAUAAUGAACAUUUCAGAUUUCCCUCACUUACUUGUUUUCAUGUUUAUUGCAAAUCUUAAGGGUUUUAUUAUAAGUAUUAUUUUAGUUUGGUAGUACAUUUUGUACCAAAAACGUCAAACACUGUGCUGUAAGAAGAUCCAUGUUUGUAGAAAUGUCCACUUUUCAGAUAAUAUAAUGCCUACCUUUAUACUAACAGAACCAUAUGGUAACUGAUUUAUUUUUUUUAUUUAUUACGUAUAUUUUUGGUAUUGUGUGGGUUCUUGAGGCUGUGAUAGAAAACUGUUAAUGUGUUCUGAAAUAAGUGCUCUAAUAGCCUUUUUUGUUUUUAAAAUUCAUUGUUUUCAGGAGGCACAGAUUCUGUCUAGAGCAGUCUUGCCUUUUGAUUAUCAGCCUGUUCCUGUUUCUCUUUUGUCACCUAAACAGAACUUUUCUUAAAAAGUAGUGACUGGUUUUAAACAUUACAUAAAUACAAAAGUAACCAUUGGAAAACUGUUCUUUAGAUUCAGAUAGGGAAACACUAUAUUUGUGCCUUUUUUGUUUUUGAAUUUUAAUGUGUAUUGGUGUUUGGAGCACAAAUAUGAAGGUGCCAUAAUAUUAUGGCUGCCAUUGUUACCUCCUUGAAUAUUCGUGUGUCAUUGUCUUAAAAUAGUAAUUGGAGAACCUUGCAUGUAUUAUGUGGUUAUUUAGGCAUCUGUGUGCACGUUUGCGUGCAUGUGUGUGUGUGAGUGUACAUGUACUUGUUUUCACUUGGACUUGUGUGUGAUAUAUUCAAGAGUUAAUUUCUAAAAAUAGGACUCAGUUAAACAUUGAAAGUUCAGGCUAGUUGAAAUAUACCAUUUAAAUGUGCUUUACCUGGGACAAUUGAUUGAUAGAGGAAAUUAUAAUUCUCAAAAAUGUGACUAAUUUACUGCAUGACAAACAGUGCCUUUUUAGGACAUCAUUAAUUCUAAAAUUAAGUUUAAAAUAUUAACGAUCUCUUAGAAUGUUGUCAUGAACAUUAUUGGCUUUUAAAAAACUAUACCUAAGUUAGAGCUUAAAUUGCCAAAAAUAUAAUUACUAAUUUACUUACCCAUUUAAGUUUUGUGCAUAAGUUUUAAAACCUAAGCAGAAUUCUUUAUAAAAUUGUGAAUCAUAGAUGCUACCCAGUGUUACUAAAAUAUUACACUGGGGAUUUCAGUAAGUUGUUUUGUUAAACUCACAAGCUUUUUUCAUAGCCAAGUAUACUUUAAGUAUUGAAUUAUUCCAAGUUGGACUUCCAUGCUCUUUGGUGAAUAAAAUAAAAAUAUUCAAUAUAUUCUUGCAAAAUAAGGUGGGCGGGUGGGUUUAGUGUUUUCAGAUGAUAAAGACAGCACUUUCACACACAAAUAAGAGUAUUUUGCAAACCUCUUUUAUACAGAUUAUGAGCUCUACUUUAUUUAAGUGUUCAUGGAAUGAUGUAAAUUUUAGGUCCAUUUGAAUAAAUAUAGAGUGCCUACCAUAUGCAAGACUUCCUUUUCACUAGGAAUUAAAUCAUCACACCGUGUUUUCUGCUUGCAGUAUAUGGACUUAAUGUUUGAAAAGGAAUUCUUAUAUUUAAAUUUUUUUCUGUUGUUAGAGUUUAUCAUUGUAUACUGUAACCCAGUUAAUUGUGUAUUCAGGUUUUUAGAAUGAAGAUAAAACUUAAGUGUGUCCCACUUUUGAAGAUAAAAUUCUGCUAAAAUUAUUUAAAUAUUAGUUCUGGGGGAAAUUGAUUUUCAAGUUUCAAAUGUAUAAAGACUUAUAUCGAACUUUUCAGCCUCAUUUUUAAUCAGCUCAUGAUGAUGAGAUACAUUUGGUAUCUUGUUGCUGAAAAUAUUUUUGGCAUUUCAGCACUUUGUGUUAAAAUAAAGUUGUUACUACUUAUUCAGAAUU